CAUUAAACAGUGAGUGAUUUGUUGAUAAAUCUUUAUAUUUUAGUAGAACCCAAAUGAAUUUAGCAGAAAAGAUAUGCAGACAUCCAGAAAAAGUAAAACAUGAAAAUCCGAAAGGUUUUCUUGCCCCAAAUUGUACGAAUAUAAUGUAUCAGUUUGCACAGAAGGGUUCCAUAAAUGAUUUAGAUUCCUUGUUCCUGAUUUAUCCUUGAUUUAUUGUGUGCAUGAUAAACCAAUACAGAAUUAAUUCAAGUUGGUCAGCAUAAAAAGAUUACACUAAAAAACAACUAUGGGUAAUAAUGUACAAAAUAUAUACUUACUAUAUAGAAGAUAAUUCUGCACUCUUCAUGUUAGUAUUAAAAGGAACAAUUGUUAAGCUAACUUGGGAAACAAAGAAAUAGCACAUGUGCCAAUAGUAAUUUGGCAUAUGAACGAAAAUGUACAAUUUAAAUGGACUCUUGAAGCACAGAUGCCUGACCAGAAAAUUACAGAAAAACAUAUAGAUGUUCUGCACUACUUACACUUUUUCACAACCAGAAACAUAAUUACUUCCACCAGUAGUCUAUUUAACAGAUUUUACUUGUCUUGUUUUUCUUAAAGGUUGAAGCAUGGCAACUGGAGCAAAAUUUGUUAAACUGAGACAUUUUGCUUCCCAUCCAGGAAGCAUCAUCAGUUAAAAUAAAAAAUUUACUUAGACAGAGGGUCAUGAGUCUCCUUGGAAUGUACCAACUCUUGCAACACCAACUUCAGUGGUUUCUCCCCAAAAGUUUAACAAAUUCUGGUCCAGUUACCAUGAUUCAAUCUUUUACAUACCUUUGGCCUGGAUGAUUAAGUCUUCACUGACACAUUGCAAUAAAUUUGGGGGGAGAAACCUCUGAAGUUGGUGUGGCAAGAGUUGGUACAUUCCACCAACUUUCUCACACUCUGUCACUAAUUUUUUAUUUUAUUUUAUUUUUAUUUGACUGAUGAAGCUUCCUGGAUAGGAAGCAAAACAUCUUAGUUUAACAAAUUUUGGUCCAGUUGUCAUGAUUUUAGAUACCUUUGACCGGGAUGUGUCUUCACUGACAUAUUGUUUUGCUUUUAAUUUUGAUUUAGAAUGUAAUACUUUUUUAUCUACAGGUAGUUCUAAAUGUACAACCAUUCAUUUAGCGACUGUUCAAAGUUACAGUGGCAUUGAAAAAAGUGACUUAUGACUGGUCCACACACUUAUGACCAUUACAGUAUACCCACAGUCAUGUGAUAAAAUUCAUGCUCUUAGCAACUGGCAUGUAUUUAUGAUGGUUGCAGUAUCCUGGGGUCAUGUGAUCACCAUUUGUGACCUUCCCAGCUGGCUUCUGACAAGCAAAGUCAAUGGUAGAAGCCAGAUUCAUUUAAUGAUCUCAUAAUUCACUUAGCUGCAAUGAGUUGUUUAAAAACUAAGGCAAAAAAGGAUGUAAAAUUGGGUAUGAUUCACUGCCUUGCUUAGCAACUGAAAUUCUGGUCCCAACUGGGGUCAUAAAUAAAGGACCACUUGUAUAUGCAAUUUUAUUAUACUUGAAUAGAAAGAGUAGAGCUUGUCUGUUGAUAUUCAGAAGCCCCUCCCUUUUGAUUGCUUAAGGAACAGGUUCUGUACACUGAAGAGUUUGAGCCCCCAUGUUUGAAGACUAGCAAGAAUAAAAAUUUGCCAAGUGAUUUGGCAGUGUUAAACCUUAGUCUAAAUAAAGACAACAUCUAUUUAAUGCUACCAGUAUAGCAAUGGCUCUGUGAAAAUCCCAUAUGAAAGUGUACUUCCAACCUAGGAAUUAAAACAAUACACAAAACCUAUAGGAUGGAUAGUUUCUUUUAUAUCAGAUGUAGCUAAUAGUAAACCAUGCCUGGAAUAACCUUUACAUACAGUCAGGGUGGUUAAUCUAUCUAAAAAUGUCUUGUAAUAUUUAGAUCUCGAUGCAAAUAGAAGAAAAUGUGAAUCAAUUGUUUUUUUUAAUCUGUGGGAAUUCUAAAGUGGAUGGGGGAGAAUAAAUGUGAUACAAAGUAAAGAUAGUAAGGAGACAAGCCCAUUUUUUCGUGUGAACAAAAUACAGCUUUCUAUGAUGUAACACAUUAGGAUUACUCCCACUUCCAUCCUUCAGCAGCUGAACCAGUUUCUUUUUGGCUCAGCUGCUUUAUACUUGAAACCAAUAUGAAGCUAGUUUAAUAUGCUUGAUAUGCUGCUCUUCUGGGGAGUUUGCACAGAAGCAGUUUCUUCAUUUCUGGAAAUUCUUGUCUCCUGGAAGUUUGGCUGCAGACAUGCUAAAAGGUCUUUCAAAGAGCAGAGCUGGAUUGACUCUUCCAGCUCCCAGAAACUGGCACAGAUUGCCAGACAAAUAAAUUUAAAAGUGAAAUAAGGAGGUGGAUUGGGGUGCAGGUACUGUAUUUUACAUCCCUUUAUAACCUAGGAUGCAGUUGGAAAAAGUGAAAAGCAUUUCUGUACCCCAAUCUCUUAAAGCUGUUGCACAAAAUAAACCAAAAAGGCAACCCUACUGCAUCCUAGGAUUGUUGGCAAUUAAGGCAACAGCUAAUCAGUUUAAAACAGCUUUGGAGGGAUUGGGGACCAGAACUGAUGGCAGAACUGAAGAAAUAUUUUCUACAAAACAUCCUCUAAAAAGAUAUUUAAUUCUUCCCUGAUCUGAAAUGGCCCUUUAUAACUUGGGAAGAAAGAUCAAGUAUUGAUAACAGCUUCAUUUUUCCUUUUCUCCCCUGCAGACCCUAUGGGAGGAUGAGAAGCAAGAAACUCUCCCCAGUCACUUGGAAGAAGAAUCUUGCAGGAGGCGAUUUGCCCUCCAAGCCCCCAAUAAGGCAGGAUUUAGCCCAAAACAUUGCUAUAAAUCAGAGGAAAGAGUACCAGGAAUUUACAGUUGCAGUUUUAACAUAAGUUUGGCAAUAAGUCUGCCCUCUUGCUGCCUCUCAAGUGAAACCGGUACCCUCUGGCACGCCGGAAAGAGCGGCUGGUGAAUUUUACUUAGCUUUACAACCUAAGAUGCAGUUGAACAAGUGAAAAGCACUCCUAUUCAUCCUGACUCUGAGCAGGGAGAUGCGGAGAAUUGCUCUCAGGAUCUCAGGGCCCAUCCAUACCAUCGGAGGAAAACGCGGAUAUGCGAGCAAAGUAGGGUGUGCUGUCUUUGCUCCGAAAUAGCGUAAAAGCGAGCGAAGGUGUUCGCUAUAACGACGGGACGGGUGGCUCCUCUGCCUUUGCAGCAGCUUCACCCUCCUAAUAAAGGAAAAGGCGUAAAGCAAAGCACCUCGAACUGUAUUAGCGCAAUCGGGUUACAGCCGCCCUGGCAACAGGACUCUCGCAGGGCUCUUCUGAGUCCCUUCGCAAUUCCUUCGCCGCAUCCUGUCAGACUCCGUCGUGCUUUUCACAUUUUCUUUGGCCGCCCAACGAGAAGGGAGAGCUGCCGGCUUAAAGACGAGAGCUCAGCAGCAGGCGCCUCCUCCUCCCUCCUCAGGCAACCUCCGCCCUACUUCGCCUAGGCGGGGGAUGCUACUCGGGCUCCUGACUGCCCUUGACACCAAUCCUUCGCAGCGGGAGCAACAGCAGCCGCAACAACAAAAGCAGGCGAGGACAGGUCGGGUGACCGCGAGCUGCUUCCCGCUCCUCCUCCUCCUCCUCCUCGACCUCCGCUUGAAGGCAGCCUCAGACCGGCUGCACAAAAGGCCCCUCCGCUGCCGCCUCCCCCUCCCGCUGCGGAUCACGUCACGGGAAAUAAAUAAAUAAUCCCAUUCACCCAGUGACAGGGAGCAGGAACCGGCGCGGCAGCAGCAAGCUUAGAGCCAACCCAGCCCAAGCUAGAGAAAGAGACAGAGAGACGAAGCCAGGUAACGUAAAAGAGAUCCAUGCAGCGGGUUCUUUAAGGCAAACCCUGUCCCCCUUGGCGCAGCUUGGGAAGGGCGGCCGGGAUGCAGGCAAGGGGUGGUAGCAGCAGCAGCCUGCGAUCAGUUAAUUUCUAGUCAAGCGUGCCCGUUGCCUACCGCUUCGUGUUUCUGUUCCUGCUCCUAAAACGCUGCUGACCUCGGACUGCGUGCCACUGUGUAGGAACGUUAUGACCCGCCUGCCCACCAUUUCCCACCCCAGGCACGGAAGGCAGAGAAGAGUGUCCUUUUUGCCACCUCGCUGCUGUUGCUGCGGUUGGAGCGCGUUGCUUUGGAUUGGUGGGCAAACCCCUCGUUCACCAUGUGGAUGCCUCCCUCAAGGGCCGCUUUGCUAAGUGUACGUUUGGGCGAAAGCGGGAGAUGCGUGGGAGAGGUUCUAGUGAACUGUUGGCAAGCCGAAGGACUAAGGCUGCCACAAAGUUGAAUGAACAAAUAAACCCACAAAUCUUACCAUCUUCUCCGGCACUUACAGAACCGCUUGCCCUUGGACAGGGGAGGUAACCGCACAAACCCCGCCUCCCCCCUCCCAUUUGAUAAGAUGACCAGAGAUGUCCCAGUGACUUGUGAAAUUGCCAAUCGCCUCUGUAGACAAAAAGAUACACCUUAGGCCGCGUACACGAAGGUGCAUGGGGUCACUUACGCAAGUUCACCUUUUCCCUCACCCCGCCCCAGACAUCACGCUAUGGGGCGACGGGAGCCUAGCCGAGGACCCUCUUGUUCCACGCCGAAUGUCAGAUUAACAUCCCCCCUCUUCCGACGCCGCAACAUUUUGCACCCGAAUCCCCUAUGCUAGGAAACUAACAAAACCAGUUUUACCUCUAUAAGAGGCCACAGCCUCUAGCAUUGCAAUUACAUUUCCCUCCACCCGGACCUAAAAGCAGCCAUCUUGAAAGCAGUUCUGAAUGGGUUUCAAUUUACUGCAAUAAGCACCGCAGGUUGUUUGGGGGAGGGUGACAAGGCCGGCGCACGCCGUCGUAUAUACCUCAGGGGCCAGUCCGUUAAUUGUGCGCUGCCGCAGGACCAGGACUAAGGCGGCGAUUAAGGCGGGGACAGGAACAGCCGCAGCAUCACGCGUCCUCUCUCGGUAUCCAGUUCGUUGAAAAGUCCGGCCCUUUCCCCCUCCUCUUCAAUUCCGGGAGAAACCGGUUGACCGAGAUGGGCGGGGGGGGUAUAUAUUUCUGCCCAGGCCGUUGUGUAUCAAACCCGUUUGGUUCUGCUUGGCUUUAGUUCCUAUCACGUCCCCGGGUAGGUGGGUGGCAGAAUCUCGGUGCCGGAAAUCUUCGCGAACGUAUGAUUUGGGCCACGAGCGGGCAGUUCUUGUUUUCAGGCCCCACCUCGGACUUGGCCAAUGGGAAACGCGCGGAAGCUGCCCAAUGGAAAGGCACCGUCUUGAUCCAUCUGUGGAGGGAGGGCGGGAUGCCAUGAGAUGGGGGCUUCACUGACUUGCUAUCACCGGUUGGUUCUUGCUGGUUUGGAAGCUAUCUGAGGCCAGGUGGAGUGCCGCUGAACAGCUGGGAUCGCUAGCAGCCAAAGGAUGUCAAGGGCAUGUGAUGUUACCCGCUCAUAGAAGGCUUUUCAAUGCUACCCUUCCAUGGGGAAAUUGUUUGAAGUACUACUUUUUAGCAUAGUUACAAGAAAAAAAAGAAAUGCCACCUUCAACAACAGCACCGCAAUAUGCUCCCCCUGAUGGAGGAUGGGGUUGGAUCGUGGUCUUUGGAGCUUUCAUCUCCAUUGGAUUUUCCUAUGCGUUCCCUAAAGCCAUCACAGUGUUCUUCAAAGAGAUACAAGAGAUCUUUGGCACAUCAUAUAGCGAGAUAGCGUGGAUAUCAUCAAUCAUGUUGGCUGUUAUGUAUGCCGGAGGCCCUGUAAGCAGUAUUUUGGUGAACAAAUAUGGCAGUAGGCCAAUCAUGAUUGCUGGGGGAAUACUGGCUUCAUUUGGAAUGAUUGCCUCUUCGUUCUGCAACAGCGUCUUACAACUUUACAUAUGCGUUGGUGUAAUUGGAGGUUUGGGUUUGGCUUUCAACUUGCAACCUGCCUUGACGAUGAUUGGCAAAUAUUUUUAUAAAAAGCGUCCCAUUGCUAACGGACUGUCCAUGGCGGGAAGUCCUGUCUUUCUAAGUACUCUGGCACCCCUGAAUCAGUUUCUUUUUAAUGCUUUUGGUUGGAAAGGAAGUUUCCUCAUUCUGGGAGGACUUCUUUUAAAUUGCUGUGUGGCUGGGUCACUUAUGAGGCCUGUUGGACCAAAACCUGGGCAGGCUAUCAAAAAAGAUGUGGAAAAAGCAACUGAGGACUCCACUUUGCACAGGAAUGAUAAGAAAUCGGUCUGGCAAACCAUCAACAAAUACUUAGAUUUAACCCUCUUCAAACACAGGGGCUUUUUGAUUUAUUUGUCUGGAAAUGUUAUCAUGUUUCUUGGCUUCUUUGCCCCAAUUGUGUUCUUAGCUCCUUAUGCCAAGCACAAAGGAAUUGAUGAAUAUUCAGCAGCUUUUUUACUCUCUAUCCUAGCUUUUGUAGAUAUGUUUGCUAGGCCAUCAAUGGGUUUAAUUGCAAACUCCAAAUACAUCCGGCCCAAAAUCCAGUACUUCUUUAGUUUUGCUGUUUUGUACAAUGGGGUCUGCCACAUCCUGUGCCCACUGGCUGAAACCUAUACAGGCCUGGUUGUGUAUGCUGUACUUUUUGGACUUGCAUUCGGAAUGGUUAGCAGUGUCCUUUUUGAGACAUUGAUGGAUCUUGUUGGUGCACCAAGAUUCUCCAGUGCAGUAGGACUUGUCACAAUUGUGGAGUGCUGCCCUGUCCUUUUAGGCCCACCUAUGGGAGGUUUGCUUGUGGACAUAACCAAAGACUACAAAUAUAUGUAUUUUGUCUGUGGUAUAAUUGUUGUUGUUUCAAGCAUUUGGCUGUUCAUUGGAAAUGCAAUCAAUUAUAGACUUUUGGCAAAAGAGAAGAAAUUAGAAGAUGAAAGGCAGAAUGCCUUAAAGAAUGCUGAUUCCAAGGAAGUGGAGCCUUUGACCCACAAAGAGAGUGAAGAAGUUCUCAACAGCUCCAGCAAAAUGCAAGACAGUCCUUCAGAAAAAGAAACAAAUAUUUAGCAUAAAUAUACAUAUUGAUAAUGUUCAAAGUACAUGCCAGAUGUUUUGUAGUUAUUAUAAUCAAUUACAAUACCAAAUGGCAAUAAGCAUUUACAAAACCACAUGUAUUAUAAAACACAGUAAAUUAAAUCAUAUUCUGUUCUGUUCCUUCUAAAAAGAGAGAAGGGGAUAGAAAGAGUCUUCCCAGAACUGCAUUAAAAUGUUUUCCUCUUCCAUCACACUGCCCUGGUAACAACUGACUUCUGUUAAAAUGUCUAGCUAUUCAUAGCUAGACUAAACUUCUCUAUAUCUUGCCUUCAAGCAACCUGUACCUAUCCAGGAGUGCACAAUAAUUGCAACAAGGGAACAAUCUAUAGUGUAGUAUGAGAAAGGAGGAUUAUGUUGGAGUCUUUCAAAAAUCCAUUGUUUAUUAAGCUCUACAUUAGUUGGAGCAGGUAUUUUGGUAUUUUAUUUUGGUGUCAUGUAUUCUAGGGCUCCUGCAGAAUUUGAUAUGAGUUGCUUAAACAUAAAUUCCAAACAGGGUAGUGUCGUGACAGUAGGGUCUUCCUGUAACAAACAUUCUUGCUCCAAUAAUGCCUCACCAAAAAAGUGCUACUAUAGUAAAGGAAAAAAAAUGACUGUAUUGACCCACGUCUACUGAUCAUUUCACAAGAUUAUUUUGUGUGGGAGGGGUUGUUUGAUUUGUUGCUUUUUUAUUGUCCAGUAGAAGGAAACAAUUUAAAGUGAUGAUAUGAUAUGAUGAUACGAUUUUCAAUAUGAAAUUGAAAAUGGAAUAACUCUUAAUAGCUACUUGAGUAAAAAGCGCACAAAAAUGUAUCACCACUGUUUUUAUAAUGCAUUUUUGGUAGAUCCAACUGGGUCUGUUAUCUCUGAUCAAACUUUUACUAUGUGGCUUUUAAAGACAUAUGAAAACGGUAAGUUUUAUUGCUAAAUGCAAUAAUGUUUUCAUUUUAGCGGAUAAAUAGGUUUUUUCUCUCCGCUGUAAAAUUAUUAGACAUUUAAAUCUAUACAACCAGAUAUUAAAUAAUAUCUGAAAUAAUACUUAGGAUGCAUUGUCUCAUCAUUGUAUAUUGUAGCUAGAUAUGCUGGCACAAAUGUUAGCAUCAGGGUAAAGCUUUUGAACAACGUAUUGCCUUGUGAUCAUCACUUCACUCUGUUUGUAUUCACACUUCUUGGAACAAGCUCCCUUAUCUUAUUAAAUACUCUGCCCUUGGUGAUCACUAUUUUUUUCAAGAUCUGGGUGUGAGUCAUUGCCGCACACACACUGCUACCUGUUAAUAAUGUUACUCUCAAAAUGGAUUCAGAGCUUUCCUGUUGUAGACAAUACAGUGUGAAAUGUUUAUAGGGAUAUCAGGGACCAGAAAAAAUAAUCAGGAGGGAGAGUGUAUCAGAUUUGUGGAUUACCGGCUGGCCAUCAUUACGAUUUUCCCCCAUCUUUAGAAGCAAAAAAAUAAAAAAAUAAAUAAAAAUCUGAAUCUACAGAUCAUAAAGCAGUAGAAACUUUUUUUUUUCUUUUCCUCUUUCUUUGUGCAUGAUUAUCUGAACAAUAAAUAAUUGUUCUAAUCAGUAACAUCUGGAACAGUAGUCCUGCCUAGACUGAAUUUUGGUAUAAAGACUUCAAAGAUCUCCUAUCUGAAAAUUAAAAUUAGUUGAUCAGUGCCUAGAUUUAAUCAGUUCCUCAGAUCUGAACCUCAUCAGGCAGACCUUCUCCCUUUAAAGUUUUUUCCUUUUUAACAAGGCACCAAGAUAUAGUAGUGGAUUGUGGAUACUAUGAUCAUGGGGCAUGAAUGAUUCUUACAUCAAGCAAAGUGUUGAGAUGGAGAUGGUCUUUCUCAAUUGGCCAAUAUGCAUCUCAAGCAAUGGCUUCUGUACAUUUCUUGUAAUUGAUUAAUUAACUAUAUUAAUUAGAAAUAGAACCCUUUGACUACCUACUCUUGUGAAGCUACUUUCAAGGGGCACUUCAGUCAAGAUCUUCAUCUAAACAAAGCUCUUUCAAAAAUCUGCACAGUCUAAAUUGAUAUUGAGUUUCAUAAUCUUACAAUCAUGAUAUAAAGCAAGUUAACCAAUUUUGCACAUUAAGUGGUGAAAUGCACAUGCAGUCCACUAUUUUAAAAAGAUCUCAGACAUUCAACUAUCACUAAUGUUCACUUUUCUUCUUGCUACACUAUGACUAUACUUUGCUCAGAAAGCAGUACUGUAACUCAGCUAUUUAUAAUCAAUCCUUGUUGUAAAGACCAAGCUUGCUGUAAUAGUUAAGGCAUCAGGCUAGAAACAGGGAGACAUUUUGCUCUUGUCUCACCUUAGGCAUAAAGCUAGCAGGGUGACCUAGGGUCAAACCAUCUCAGCCCUAGGAACCAGGCAAUGCCAAACUUUUUCUAAAAUCUUGCCAAGAAAAGUGACUGAAGGAAUGCAUGUGUGUGUGCAGUGCACACACACACAAACAUACACAUAGCCAUAAGAAAUAAUUCCUAAAUAAGCCACAAGAUAUGCUGCUGCUUAAUAGUUGACAUCUACAAUGCAGGCUGCUUAAUUCAAACACAAUAAAGCAAAGGGCAGUCUCCAUACCCUGCUUUUUAAACUUUUAAUUUUAGGUUUCUAACCAGACCAGAAACAGAGCAAGCAGGAAAUAAAUGUUGGUUUAUAGAGAAGUAUUCGUUUUAUCAUCCCAGAUCACUAAUGUAAUACAAAUUUGGAAGAUAGAUUUUUUUUGUCCUAUAGUGCAAUUCUUGCUUCCAUUCUACUCAGCUAUUCAUAUAGCUGCUACAAUCCACUAUACAAUGAAUUCCUACAAGAUAAGUCUUCUAUAAUUAAUUUGGACAGUUCCCUCCACUAAAACCGCAUUUGCAAUGAGAUGUUAACUUGAUCUCUGUUCAGGAAUUAAAGUCAGACCACUUUGUUUUAUCUCAUAUAAUUCAAUAAGAGCCUCUAAAAGCAACUCAGAUGUUAACUCAUAGCUUCACCAUAGUUAUCUUUAGUUCAGCUUCUUAAUGUGUCACUAUAUAGCACCCAAAUUCCAUCCUACACAAAUCUUGUUGGAUUUAGCAGCAAGUCUGAAAGGACAUUCUAUUUCUAUUCACUUCAGGAUAAGUAGAACAUAUUAUGUCAUCCACAACUUUGUUUUUCAAGGUUCUUGAUAGCAGAAAAGUAUUACUUCUGCUCAGUGGUGAAAUCCAAAUUUUUUUACUACCAGUUCUGUUGGCUUGGUUUGGUGGGCAUGAUGUGGCUUGGUGGGUGUGGCAGGGGAAGGAUACUGCAAAAUCUCCAUUCCCACCCCACUCUAGGGGAAGGAUACUGCAAAAUCCCCAUUCCUUCUCCACUCCUGGAGGAAGGAUAUUGCAAAAUCUCCAUUCACACCCCACUGGGGCCAGCCAGAGGUGGUAUUUGCCGGUUCUCCAAACUACUCAAAAUUUCUGCUACCAGUUCUUCAAACUGCUCAAAAUUUCCACUACCAGUUCUCUAGAACCUGUCAGAACCUGCUGGAUUUCACCCCUGCUUCUGUUUGAAUAUUGAAUAUUACUUAUAUUCAAGGAAAUGCCAGAGAAGCACUUUCAGGCUUCCUCGCUCAUGCCCAAUGGCCAAGAGCAGGAUUUGUCAGGAUAAUGAGAUGAAAUUUCUUGUAUUCAUCUGAAUAGGGCUCAUAUUGCUGUAGAGCUUCUGUAAGUAUUCUGUGACGGUAUACAAUUGUGAGAAAUAAUGAAAGCUAUAUUUAUGUGUCAGCAUCUGGAGCCAGGAUGAAGAAAUAGAAGGUGUGUGUGAUGGAGGGAUUUAAAUUUGAUUACAUUCAAUUUCAACCUAAUUAGAAUUAAUUAAAUGCAUGUGGGAAUGCAUGCAUUUAGUAUUUUCCUCCUGUCAUAAUAAAACAUGCAAUUCAUUUCCAACUUUUGAAGAUUUCUGUGGGCCACACUCAAAGCUUUAGGAAGCUUUUACACAUGCACGUUUGCAUGUGGCCACAGUUGCCCAUUUUCACAUGGAACACCAUGCUAAUAUAUGGGCCAUUUUAGGAGAGGUCAGGAGGUACAGUCUGGUCAGAGGUAAGAAUGCUGUCCUUCUUGUGAGUGGUGUGAUGUCUUCUAUGUAAAUGUUGACGAGCUUGGAUAAAUAUGAAGUCCUUAAGGAAAGAAAAAUCUUAACAAAUAUAGCAAAAUACAUUUGUUGAUUACCUAAGAGUGGAAAAAAAGAUACAAACUUGCUCACAAUUGGACAUUUUGCUAUAAAUGUCUUCAAAAUGAAAAUUAAGAGCUUGUAUUCAUAAAAUAUAUAUGUUUGGUUUAUGUAGCAUAUAGGCAACCUGCUAUUAGUGAGGCAGAAUGUUUUCACAUUUCAACAAUAGUUUCUUAUAUCAAGAAUUUGUGGUUAUUUGGCAGAUUUUGAAGCAGAUUAGAAAUAGAAACCACUUCUAGGUAUUUGGUUGGUUUUUUUAAAAACAACAAUGAACUAUGGUGGCACAUUUGUCUCAGUCAUUUUUUCCCUCCCUUCCUUCUUUGUCUUAGUGUCUUACUUUGUAUCAUUUGCCAAUCUAACAUUUUUCUGCUUAGCUUAUAAUUAAAAUUGAAAAUGUGUGCCAUGAACUAUUGCCAUUUCAAGACCUUUGGCAUUUAAAAUACUGGGAGUUCAGUUUACUAGUAAAAGAGCAAAUAAAAUUAAUUAGCCAAACAAUUGGUAUUCUAGAAAGGUUUGUAUGUAUGUAUAUAUGUAUGUAAAAAUGUGGUGGUUAAAGGGAUGCGGUGGCUCAGUGGCUAAGACACUGAGCUUGUCGAUCGAAAGUUUGGCAGUUCAGUGGUUUGAAUCCUUAUUGCCGUGUAAUGGGGUGAGCUCCCAUUACUUGUCCCAGCUUCUGCCAACCUAGCAGUUCGAAAGUACAUAAACAAUGCAAAUAGAAAAAUAGGGACCACCUUUGGUGGGAAGGUAACAGCGUUCCGUGCAGCUCUGGUGUUUAGUCAUGCCAGCCACAUGACCACGGAGACAUUUUUGGACAGCACUGGCUCUUUGGCUUUGAAAUAGAGAUGAGCACCACCCCCUAGAGUCGGGAACGACUAGCACAUAUGUGCGAGGGGAACCUUUACCUUUAUGUAUGUAUAUUUAUCAGUGAUUGAUUAUAGAUUGGUUAAGCUUUAUGUUAUUGCUAGAGACAAAAUCUUAAAAUGGCACAAUUUUUUGCCAUUGAGUGGUCUUUGUCCUGAAUUUUUAGAAGCACUUUCUUCUAAGUUUUGGCCAUAUGAUUCUCUGUAGGUAACAACUGUUUGUUGAUAGAAGUUAUACUUAACCUUCUUGAUGGUGAUAGUAGCUGUGUAAAGGAUACAUUAUAGAGCCAGUUUGGUGUAGUGGUUAGGCUAGAAACCAGAAGGCUAUGAGUUCUAGUCCCACCUUAGGCACAAAACUCACUGGGUAACUUGGGGCUAAUUACUCUCUCAGCUUCAGGAAGCAGGCAAUGACAAACCACUUUGGAUAAACCUAGCUAAGAAAACUGUAGGGAUUUUCAGCAUAAAUCAAGACUGACUUGAACACACACACACACACACACACACACACACACACGGAGGAAAGAAAGGAGGGGAGCAAAAUAGGCAGGAGGAGAAAGAAAGAAGCAGACAAUGCUAUCAAUAAAGAAGAAUAUUUGUAACUAAGGAUUGAAAUAAAAAGUCCUUAGUGGUUCUAAGUGCUGAACUUGGUUGUUUUCUUUCAUAUGUUUCAUUAUCCAAACUAACAUCUUCAGUGCACAUGAUGAUGUUACCUAGUUUGGGUAAUGAAAUGUCUGCAAAAAAACAACCAAGCUCAGGGUAUAGCUAUAUGUCAAAACAUGACAGGAACAUUUGAAAAAAAAUGACAGGAUAGUUGCAUGUGUUCAAACCUUAGAGUACAGUUGUGUAUGUUAAACUAUAUCAAAAUAGUAGAAAAUCUUGCUAUUGAAUUUCAAUAGUUGAGAUAAGAAUUGUUUCAGGAACUACAAAAUAUGGGCUUCAGGAACAAAUGCAGCCUUUGAUGCAUCAGUUUGCCUAUAUAAUUAUCCUACAUCCUAUGAUAAACAUACAUUUUGGAACUACUAAGCUUGAUGUAAAAAAAGAAGUUUAAAAAUAGGAAUUGAAUUAGAAAGCCAUCCACCUAUAGCAAAGAAAUAUGUGGGUGGUUGUUUUUAGUUCAAUUUAAAUAAAUCAGUUUUUUAUUUACUCCAUUUUGCAGCCAUAUUAUAAACAUGGAAGAAAUGAGACUGAAAGUGUUAUGGAUUGUUAUCUGUAAAUCACAGUACGUAAAUUCAUGGCCCAGACUAUUCAGUUCAUCUUACCUUGGCUUUUAAUUUAUGAUAAUUUAUACAUUGCAGAACUGUAGCUUCCUUUGUAAUUAUGGCCAGGAUUCAGAAAAAGAAUUUACUGCCUGAGACAAAACAACAAAAGGAACUUUCCUCCAACAUAUCUACAGUAGGUCCACAAAAUGGAAAACUAAGUAUAUUAGCUUAGCAAUAGAGACAAAACCAAUUGCAUUCCCACAUCCUGUUCCUUUCUCAGUAGAAAACAUAUACUCAUCUUCAUAAUAAAUACACUAACAAUUUGCUGAAAAUCAGCUUUGUUUUCUUGUCAUAUUUGCCUAGUGGUAUGUCCAAUGUUCAGCAUUACUUCAUCAGAAUAGAUACAUCUACAACAAACAGUAAACCAUAAACACUGUUUAUCAGUAAAUAUACUCAUGUCCAUUGAUUUAUUUCUCUAAGCAGCAUAGUCAUCAAUACUCUUAUUUCAGUUUACCAUGCUACCUAUAGGAUAUUGCAGAAAAGUAUCCCCAUGGCUCCCUCUAGAUUUAUUUUCAGGAAGUUUCUCUGGCUAAUAACUUGGAAUUAUCUGCAAAUUAUAACAGUUGCAUGUUUUUCUAUCCACAUCACCAUCUAGUGGGUGUGGGCAGCCACAGAUAUUAGUAGGCACAGGCAAUAGUAGCUUAUUUAUAUCUAAUAUAUAGCUGAUAGUAAAAAAAAAAUUAUGCAAACAUGAACAUAUUUUAUAGUCAUUUUCCUGGUAAAAUAUCCUCUCAUUCCAGACAAACCUAAAGAAACUAACUACAUAUGAACACAGUAGGCAAAUGGCAUACACAUCUCUUCAUAUUUUUAUAAUUGGUCACCCUAAAAUUAAUUACAUUGGCUGUGAAUCUAAAAGUUAUGUUAUAGGCAUAACAAACAAAAUACUUCCCUUCGAACACAUCUAUCCUCCUGGUCAUGCCAGUCAAUGGGUGUUGUUUUGCUGGAAUAUGUAAGUAGUAAAGGCAUUAAGCAUCAAACUACAUGAUGUAAUUGAAAUUAUAUGAAUAGCUGAACAAAUGUUAGGACCAAAACAAAAAGAAUGAUGUUGCCUAAUUCUUUGCAAGCCUCCUUUCAUUAGUUUUUAUUAUUAGUUUAUUAGUUUCCAUUAUUCAUGUCUGCUGGAAAUGUUUGUGUGUGCAUCAGUAUGAAUGCAUGUGUGUAUGUAUUUGCUUUGGAUAAAAUGUAUUUGUAAAAAACAAUGAUGUUUUUCUGUAGAAUACUUGAUUAUUUCUUUCAUUUACUUCCAGUCUUACUUCAAUUAGCUAUUUAUUAAAAGUGGACAUUGCAAUAUUUUACAAUAUUGCUUUGAAGCUCUGGCUCAGUGUGGGUUGAAAUAUCACCUCAUAUAUUUUAAAUUCUGCAAAAGUACAAGUGUAGUUGUUGUUUUUUAAGUGUGUUGCAAUUAUAAUUUCUGAACAAAAUAUAUUUUAGGUUUUUGUUUGUUUCUAUAUAUGUUUGAGCUGAAGAUGCACCUGAAGUAUUAAAUAGCCACAGAAGCAAACCCUGUUAAGAAACAAAUGCCAUUUUGUUGCUUGGAUGUUCAUUGUAAUGGAAAAUGCUUGAAUUGAAAGGAUUCUAAAUUCAUAUAGAAAAAAAUUAACCCAUGACUGGAAUCUAAAAGCUAAAAACCAUUUAAAGGUUUAAACCAGUUCUUCUUAAGCCUCUUCAUUUAUAGUAGUCUUCAUGCUGCUCCACAAUUUGGCCUCCAAUUUUCCCUGUGAGGGAAGAUCUGAACUUAUUCUCUCAAACUAAAUGCAGGUUGUAGAUUUGAAUAGAACAAUGAUAUAAUGGCUAUUAGUGAGUACAAUCAAAUUUAUGAUAAAUGUUAUAAAUGAAUUUUUAUUUCCUGGAUAUAGGAAAUGAAAGCCAAAUACCGAGAACAAAUUUAAUUUCCCUACCAUUUCUGUAUGCCAGAUAAGUGAGAGUAGAGUGAAGAAAAUUAGAAUAUGGUAUAAAGAAAGAUAUUUGUCACCAUUCACUGCUUUCUCUUCUGGGUGAAUGCACAUACCUUCCACAGGGAAAAAAUCAGGCACCCAGAUAAGCUCUGUUGCUCCUUUAUUCAGUCUGCUUAAAUAAAUUAAAUUCAGCAAUAAUAAAAUGGCUUGUGUUGAAGGUACCACAAGAUAUUUCGAUGUUAUCAGGCAUCAUAUUGCCAGACUGGUAGGCCUCAACAAAAGAAACAGUUAAGAUGCAAUCUAUAACAUUUAUCACAAUAUUGAUUAUACUCACUGAUAGCCAUUAUAUUAUUGUUCUAUCCAAAUCUACAACCUGCAUGUAGUUUGAGUAGAAUAAGUUCAGAUAAAGAACAGAUAAAGCUAGAAUUUCAGGAGCAUGAUUUGGUUAUAGUUGCCUGAACUUUCAAAUCUCUGGUAUAGGCCAAGCUUCAGGCAAACAAUGGAUUGAUUAGUUAAAUCAGCAAUAUUUUAGCUCCCUUGUGCUAAAAAAUUUUUGUGUCUCCAGAAUCUAUGUGAUCUUACAGACCCAAUAAAACCCUAUGUUUAUUUUCUAAACAUAGUCUGCAGCAAUUCAUUUAAUUUUUUUCCUAUGUCCCUUGCAAUACAUAUGAUCAUCACACCUGCUCAAUUCAAGCAUUACACAAUACUGGAAAAUGAUGGCAAAACUCUGAUUUAUAAGAUGACACCAUACUGAUUAGCUUUUCAUUGAUAAAUUGGCUUGUAGUGAAAAUAAAGUCAGGAAUAACUUCAUAGAAGCUACACUUUGACAAACACAACCAUCUUUCAACUGUUAGGUAAGAAGAGACAAGUCUAUUAAAGUUUGUGUGCAAUGUUCCAUCUCCAGAAAAUCCUUGCCCAUUUCUCUUGAAGUUAAAGAUUGGAGAAAGGCUGAUUGCAAAUCAGUGAAGCUGCUUGAAUUUUCAAGUUGAUGGUUCACUUUAAAGGCAUUUUGAGAAAAUCACCCCUUCAGAUUGAAUCUCUGAAUCACUGAAACAAUUUGAUAUGUCAAAUAAAAUUGGGUGCUCCUUUCUUGAAUGUAAUCAACAAUUUGAAUUAAACUUGACUGAAUGAACUGAAUCAACUCAAAUUGCAGAGUUAAAUCAAUUAUUUGAGCCAAACCUGGCUGAUUUUUAUAUUUAAAAAAACAGUUACUUUUCAAUUAUGAUCUUUGGAUAUAUCGAAGAGUGAACAAUACAAUGCCUAAGAUGAUUUUUUUACAAUGGCACUAAGUUUAGGGUGUGAGAUUUGUUGGAUAAUUUUUGUGUUGACAACUGUCUGAGAAACAAGUGAAUCAGUCCUCUCAGUUUUUCUCUCUUAAGACACAAUUGCGCUAUUUUUUGCAGGUUAUUCAUUCAUUUGGGAUCUGUCUAAAAGGUAGGGCAUUUAAAUUAUAGCCCUUCAGAAAUUAUUGGACUGACACUUCCAUUGCUCCAUAUAAUUGGCCAAAUUGCUAAGGCUUAUAAUUGGGGUUCAAUAAUACCUGGUGGAACACACAUUGCUAACUUCUGAUUUAGAUUAAUGCACAAAUUCUAUACAGGGAAAAACAAGAAAAGGAAAUAUCUUUAAAUACAUAGUGAAUUAGGUAAAAUUCUAGAAACUGACCCUAGAAAACUAAACUAUUUUUCUGAGUAGAGAAAAAAGAUAUGAGAAAGCCUUACAAAGUUUCAGAUUCUUAGAUUCUUAGAUCACUCCAUGUAGCAUUGAUUAAACAGCUUGAUUAUUACAUCUUUUUGUUUGAAAAAGAAAUGUUACUUUUAAAUUUCAACUGACCUUAUUCAAUUUAAUGGAAUCAGACUCGUUGAUAUCUAGUUGUGCCUUGAUUUGCCUCAGGUUUGAAUAUGUCUGUUUCACAAUUAUCAAUAUUUAAAUAGCAUGAGUGCAAAUUUAAAUGAUUGUACAUACUUCAUAUAUUUCUAUGCCUGGAAGCAAAUAACAUUGAACUGCUACUGUCAACAUAUAAAAGAUUACAAUAAUAAAAUCACUAUAAAAUGCCUAUUAUUUAUUAUGGUUAGUCUCAUGUCAGCCAAAUUGGAUUUGGCUUUUUUAUUCAUCUAUUGAGUCAUUAUCAUUAUUAAUAUUGUAAUUGUUAUUUGAAAUACUCCUUGUCCCCAAAGUCAUUUGCCAGACGGAGAGCCAAUUAUUGAAAAUAUAAUGGAAAUAUUGUGGUCUGACUCUGCACUCUCUGGUUUGUGGCUUAUAAAAUUGAGAUCAAUGUAUUUUACUUCCUUAUUCAAGUUUGUAAACAUACUCUUUCUUUAGUUAACUGUUCUAAGCAAUAUGUAAUAGCCAUUGCUAUGUUAGCCAUUGCAAUGAUUAUACCAUUUUUAAAAAAUUGUUACAUGUUUGGGACAAUGACUUUUUUGUGUUUGUUUUUACUUGCAGAUAUUAACUGUACAACUUUUGACAAUCACUUUUUAGCUCAAGGUGCUAUCAUUCCAAAGAUGAUCUGAAUCAAACUUCUCUUUCCUGUCUCAAUAAGCAGUUUUGACUUGAAAAAUGUUUACAGUUUACACUAUUAACCUGUAUAACAACAAAUAUUAUUGUGUUGCAUUUAAACAGAUAUUUAUGAUUUUUCUUUAAUAUUAAUUGCUAUUACAGGUCUAUUUUAGCAUCUAAUGAUAUCUAAAUCUCCAUGUACAGUAUAUGUUUAAAGAGCAUAUUCACAAUGAACAAGUUAAGAAGUGAAAAAAGCAAAUAAAAACCCUAUAUAAAGUUCUGAAUUGAUUGUUAGCACUCACUAUUAUUUUAUGUGCUACUCUUAUUCAUUAGUAAUAUGUUUCUUUGCUGCCUGCAUUGCUUGCAGGCUACAGGGGUGUAGAUUUUAUGCACAGAAGAGCAAUUGCUUUCUUCCACUGUUCUUCAGUUGCUAAGGGAGACUUCUGCUUUAAACUUUGGAGAACUGUCACUAGUCUAAAAAGACUGUCCUGAGGCAGAGAAGCCAGUAAAUUUGACUUUGCUGAUGUCGUUUUUCCAUGGCUCAUACUAUUAUUGUUCCAAAGUUCUCCGCACCAUGCAUUUUACUUUUCCUGUCUUUCUGCUUAGUAAUGUCAGGGGUGUCAGCUGAGCAAUAGGGACAACAAAAGGAAACUAAAUUGGACGUCUCUUUCUUUAGACCUCAUGGCUACCAACAGCUGGAUAUCCACAAAUAGGUGCUUCACAUCUACUUCAGUUUAAAUUGACUGUGCUAGAAUCCAAGCUUUGAUAUUAGCAAUUAGUUGAUAAAUGAAAUUAUUUAAAGAAAAUACUUCUUAUGAAACUGUUUCCUAGUCCCCAUUUUCCCCCUCAAGAAAAAUCUUUAACACUUAAUUUUAAUGGAGAAUAUAAUCAAAUAAGCUAGACGGUUUUCUUACUGAACCAAUACAUAUCAAUUUGUGUUCUAUUCUGUGUCCCUUGCAUCUUCCAUCCCACCUUUUUCAGAUUUUACUAUUUUCAUUUGUGUAGUAGUGCUUUAACUUCAGUUAUUUCCAGAAUUCUCUACUUCACUAAGUCAUAACUUGAUUUAUUCUUUAUUCCAAUCCCAACUAAUCCCAAUCUUUUUGCCAAGCAAUCAUUGAGCCCUAGUUUUCAGUUCCUUCAUUCCUUCCUUUUUAAAAAUCAUAUAUUUCAACUGCAUCUUUAAUAACACAGAAUCUUUAAUUCUCUAUGAAUUUUUCCCUCAAAAUACUUGUGAGAUGUAGUCCAUUAUAUGGUUUCAACUAAAAGAAUUAUUAAAAUUAUUUCUAUCAAUUAAAUAUAUGUGGUUGAUGAGGUCUUCUGCCAUGUUUGAAACCCAUGUUUGGACAUGCAUCUUCCCUUAUUAAAGUUAGAUAUGUUCUUGGGCAGUCAUCAAUUUUUCCCCCAAGCCAGCUAAAUACCUAGGCCAAAUAACAAUUCCCAAAUUUGGAAGACCCUUGAUGUGGCAAUAUUUAAUAUUCUACAACAGUUGUUUUGUGGAGUAUUCUAUUCAAACAGAAACUUUACCUCUGAUAAAGUUCCUGUUCCUAAAACAUUAAUCCAUGUGCUUCUAUAUUGCUAUCCUAAUAAAGCUGACUGGUUGGGGCUAAUAGUAAUCCAUCUACUCAGAUUUCAAGGCCAUCACAUUCAUUUAUUUAUAGCUGCUACUAUGUGAACAAUUUGAUUUUGUUCCUCUUAAUGUGCCCAGGUUUUGUUUUUCAAUUUCUAAAAUAUGUCACAACUUGAACACAGUUGUUUUAUAACUGCUGGGUUUUACUAUGUUUUUUAUUUGCUAUCUCACACUUUUUUUUUCCCCCCUGUUGUUAAUCUGGUCUAUGACAUAAAGUAUCCUAUCAUCCAUCCAUCCAUCCAUCCAUCCAUCCAUCCAUCCAUCUAAUUUAAUCUAAUCGCUCAUAUCUAUCUCGUCCAUCUCUUACAUAUUGUUCAAUGUUUUAUUAUAUCUAUUCUCCUACAAAGUAGGAAAACAGCAUGCAGAGAAGGGAAAUAUUUCUAAUGUCACAUAGGAGUACUGCUUUUAAAAAGAAAAGCGGUAAUGCACUAAUAUGCAUUAAAUAUGUAUCAUUAAAGUAUGUAAGGAACAGAUGUGCAAAUGAUGCAUUCGAAGAACUGUAGAACUGUACAGAAUUUUAACAAUGUUUUUUAAAAAUACUGAGAAAGGGAGAUUUUUGAUGCAUUGUUUUUAUGUUUGUCUACAUGAAUGAAAACUUUAAAUUACAAAAACCUUGGGAAAAUUCAUCUGAAUAUGUUAAGUUACUCUUAAAUUGCCUAGGCUUUUCCUGAAUAUCCACUUACAGUCUUACAUUUGGUAAAAGGUUAGUUAAAUGGCAAUGAAGUUUAACAUAUCUCAGGGAAAGUAAAAUCAGUCUUAGACUUAAUGUUAGUUUUGGUUGGAUUCUUCUGGAACAAGGGAGGAAAAAACAUGAAUAGGUCUUGUAAUGUAUUUUGAACUUUGAGAGGGAAUUUUGGGCGGGAAAAUUGCACGUUGCUGACUGGUUGAAGCCUCAACCAAAAGAGUAUUUAAAGAGGGGUUUUUGCCGGUUGUGCCUGCUGGGGUCACAAUAAACUAAAGAGCUGUUGUCACUCACUGGUCUCCUGCCUCUUCAUUGCCCGAACUUAACAUUGGCGACGAGGGUGGGAUGUUGAGGCAGUGAGAUCGUAAAAAGAGCUGACGGAACCAGAAAUUCGAAAACCCA